CAACAAUGACCCACCUGAAUCCAGUGAAGCGGCAAAAAAUCGAAAAAGAAGGGAGCGAUAUGCGUCAAAUGAAGAACGACGCGCACAAAUAAACUCACAGCGAAGAAUUGCCUAUGCAACAAUGGACCCAGAAAAAAAGUGCAAAAUGCUAGACGAAGCCAAUAAAAAACGUAGCGCCGCAUAUCAUGCGUCCAAAGCCUUAUCCAACCAACGUCUUCCCCUUGGUAUUACGUUGAACGUAUAUUCACUCAUACAACUGUCCUAUUCCUUCAAAAACCUGAUUCGUUUUUCUUUUCCUUUCCUCAAAUGUAUGUACUAUGAUACACCACAGGCAGCACAUGUGCAAAUUUUGUCAACAAACAGCAGGGUGGCGAAUUUUCCUGGUGAUACAAGUGUCACACAAUCCUUGAUUCCCACAUAUAACAUGUCACUUCCCUCAGAACCUUCUCUGCUUAAACAAUGUCUACCGUGCCACCAUUGUGGGGCCGUGCGCAUUCAAUACGAAUCACCGGGAUUUUGUUGCUCAGCUGGUCAAACUGUUUUGGUAUCUAACAAGAUUCCUUCAAUCUUGAAACGAUACUUCUAUGAUAAUGAUUCUGUAGCUCGCCAAUUUAAGGCAUGUGUACGCACAUACAACAACACGUUUGCCUUCACAUCUCUAGGCGUACACAACUACGACAGAGAUUUGGCACGAAGGAAUAAGGGCAUAUACACAUUCAAGGUACAUGGUCAAAUGUAUCACUUCAUUAAUGAUUUGAUACCUAACAACGAUCGACCUAAAAACCUGUAACUAUAUUUCUUUGAUAUGGAUCACGAGGUCCAAAAUAGAGUGGACGGAGCAGAAAGGAUGGAUAGUAGCAUCAUGAAGGACCUUAUAACCGUUCUUGACAGCAACCCAUAUUCACAAUUCUUUCGAAGCCUUAAAGAUGUAUCCAGCUUGGAAGAUUGUAACAUUAUCAUUCGAUCAAACAUAAAGGUGGAUCAGCGACUUUACAACAUGCCAACUGUGUCUCAGGUAGCAGCAAUUUGGGUUGAAGAAUCAGAUGCCGUGGGUGAGAGUCAACGAGACAUACGCGUGUACGCAAAAAGGGGAAGAUCACAUUAUGUGCAAUACUACUACAGUUGUUAUGAUCCAUUACAGUACCCACUCCUUUUUCCCUAUGGCGAGAGCGGUUGGCACGCUGGCAUACCAAAACUUCCCAAACAGGUCGGCCCACGCACCAAGUCACGACAACCGACCAUGCAACCAACGAGUGUGGCCUCAAUAUACAUGUUGUUUGAGAGAGAAGCUCAAAAUAAUGUUGUUGCUAACAAAAGGGACAAUGUGUCAUGUCGAGAGUAUUCUGCAUACCACUUCCAAGUACGUCACAAAGAUGAGUAUAUCGUUCUCCACUCCGGCAGACUCUUCCAACAAUUUAUUGUCGACAUGUACAUAAAAAUAGAAACCCAAAGGUUGGAUUACUUCAGAACCCAACAAAGAGACGUGCGAACAGAAUGCCUCCAAGGUCUAAUGGAUAGCAUAAGCGUUGGUGAAACAAAGGCAUGCAAUGUUGGGCAAAGAGUUAUCCUACCUACAUCUUUUAUUGGGGGGCGUGACAUGCGCAGAAGGUACAUGGAUGUUAUGGCACUUGUACAGCGGUAUGGGAAACCAGACAUUUUCCUCACCAUUACGUGUAAUCCAAACUGGCCGGAAAUGAAGGAAUUACUGAAGCAUUCCGACGAAGCCCAGAAUAGGCCAGAUUUGAUUGCACGCGUGUUCCGUGCUAAAGUCGAAGAAUUGAAAACAGAAAUCAUAAAGAAAAAAAAAUAUUUGGGGUUGUUGAUGCAUACACUUACGUGAUUGAGUUUCAAAAAUGCGGCCUUCCGCAUGCCCACUUUUUGAUUAUAUUGCGAAAGCAAUAUAAACGGAGGAUGGGUGAUGAAAUUGAUGCAAUCAUUAGUGCUGAAGUUCAUGAUCCUCGAUGUUGUGAAGGCUGGCCGCGAGUUCUUGGAUGCUGGCUUCCACCUAGCAAAUCCUGACAACGAAACAAUCACUCCAAUAGCUAAAGUCCCUGCUAUCAUUCCUCAAGGCCAAAUUACAUGUCACAAUCGAAGAUGAGACAAGAUCUGUCAGUGGAAUAAUGUUUGGCUUGUGCGCUGAAAAGUUAUUACUUAUGACAAGCAGGCAAGUCAUGGAAAUAGAAUCACAGGGGAAAAAAGCUUCAUUCCAUACAUAAACAAGCGACUUGCUAAGGAAGAGUACAUAGUCCAAUCGAGAUCUUCGCAAGACAAUUGGAGCUCAAAAAACAACAAUCCUCGUAGUUCAAAGACAUCUUAUAUCAUAACAUCUUUGCACGAGUCUUCAUUGAACAUAAUAAAGAUGGAUGAAGCAAAUGCUGCCAAUCACACUGCACCCAGUGAAAGCACAAGCACGUCAAGUCCUCCAAUGAAACACAUCAAAACACUGUGACGGAGAGUACACAACCAUCCAAACCAU